AUGAACGACAAUUACAAUGUUCUGACACAAUUUUCGAACGCUUUGUCGUUCCAACAUGCUCCAGUCAUAGCACAUUCAAGAACGCAAAAUGUUUCUCUUACUCAGUUGACUCCUCUCAACUUGUACCAGUUUUAUGUUAACCAACUGAACCAACUCCAGCUUCUAAAACAAGUUGACGACAACAAUAAUGGUGGCAUCGUGAAGAAGGAGGCUACUGAAGUCAAGGUAGAGGAAAAGUAAGUAAAAUUUAGUUUUUUAGGUAACAAAUACCACAAUAGUUUUAAAAAUGUUACAUUUUUUGAGAAAUUGGAUAUAAUAGUACCUGCUCUUUGCCAUUUUAAAUAUUUUGACUUUUCAGAACUCAAAUAUCGCCACAGAAUUCGAAGGAAAAUAAGUGGGCUUCAGCGUCUUUUGAUGGCAAUAACAACACAAAUACUGAUAAAAAUGAAAAUUACAAAGAAGUAGGUCCUGUCAGUUCAGUAGAUAUCAAACCAAAGCCAACCAGUCCGAUGUCAUGUGUAAUAUGCGGCGACAAAUCGAGUGGACUUCAUUAUGGUGUAUAUUCUUGUGAAGGGUAA